AUGGCAGAGAGAAAUACUAACUCCGGCAAAGAAAUUGUGUUGAAAGUAUUAAUGCAUUGUGAAGGAUGCCAAAGUAAGGUUUCCAAUUGCCUGAGAGGUUUAGAAGGAGUUGAAGAGGUUGUAGUUGAUUAUCCAAAUCAUAAAGUGACUGUAAAGGGAAAAAAGGCAGACCCGUUAAAGGUUUUGGAGAGAGUACAAAAGAAGUGUAGUAGAAAUGCAGAGCUCAUAUCUCCAAAACCAAAACCAGAAAACAAAGACAAGAAGGAGCCAGAAAAGAAAGAAUCGCCUCAGGUGAAAGUUGUGGUGCUCAAAAUGUUGUUGCAUUGCCAAGGCUGUGCAAAUGAUGUUAAGAAAUACUUGGAGAGAAUGAAAGGUGUUCUAAAUGUAGAAGCAAAUAGGGAGAGCUCAAGGGUGACAGUGAGGGGAGUAGUUGAUCCACCAAAGCUGAUAGAAUUCAUAAAGAAAAAAUUAGGGAAGCAUGCUGAGGUUGUGAAGCAAGAACAAGGUGGAGGAGGGGAUAAAGGGCAAGGCAAAGACAAUAAGAAAGGCCCAGAAGCAGGGGAAUAUAUAUUCCAAUACCCUCCUCAAUAUUCAAAUCAACAUUUUUACCCUAAUCAAGCAUUUAGUGAUGAGAACCCUUUUGCAUGUUCCAUAAUGUAA